AUGAAGCAACUGGGAACUGACAUGCAUGAAGGCAUUCCAAAGCCUGCAAAUAAGUCUAAUUUGGUGCCUCGUAGAAGUCCGCCACCACCACCUUUAGCUGCAGAACCAGCUAGGAAUGUAUCACCACCAUCACUCAGUUCUGGGGUAGGUGGAGGCGGAGGUCCUCUGGGUGCUUUCUGGAAUACUCAGCAUGCAAAGGAUUCAGUUGUGGAGGACAACAGCAGGCUCAAAUUUGAUGAUGAAGUGACCAUCCAUAGCUCCUCAAGACCAGAUAGAAGUCGUACAGAGAGGCUUCCAGUUUCCCAUAAAAAUAGCCCUCCAAUAGAGGAAAAUCUCCAAGCUCGACCUAUCUUAAGAAAUGUGCAUCGAAAAUCUGUUAACCGGUCUGAGGAUGGCCCUUCAAAAGACUUUGAAAUCAAACUUUUUCAGGACGAUUCAGACGACGGCUGUAGUGAAAUAUCAAAAGGAUCAAAAUCAGAGAAUACACCUGGCUUCCAAAGUGAGGCUUUCAAUGCUUUUGUCACUGAAUUUGGUACCAAUAAACUUAACCCUGGAAGUAGUAGUAAAAAAUCAGGGAAGGAGGAUCUGUUAGAGGCUGAGAUAGAAAGGCUGAAAGAACAGCUGAAGCAAGCUAACAUGGAGAAGGCUGAAAUAACCUCCAAAUAUGACAAGCUAUCUGCCAUUUGCCGAUCACAGCGGCAGGAGAUACAUGAGCUUAAGCAAACUCUUGGUGUUAGAAGAACCCCAUCACCAAAUAGAGAUGCGUCCAAACAUCAGACUUCUCCUGGAGUUCAACCACCAACUGCCCCACCGCAGAGGGAGAAAGAAAGAACAGUUUGGGACCUCCCACACGGACCAUUAGAGAAGAGUUCCCCAAGUCCAGAUCCUAAGUUGUGGCAGGCCUUUGCCGAAGAUCCUAAGCCACAGACAACGCUUAUGAAUAACACUUCCAAAUCUGUUAGAACAAGAAAUGGUCACCAGCACAAACAGGCUGCUGAAGUUACCUCAGGUGCUAGCUCAUGGGGUUUUGGAACAGACAAUUUUAUGGCAGUUCCCGUCGCAAACUCUGAGAUAAACAUUCCCUUUACUGAAUUGAAUAAUUCUCAGCGCUUUGUUGAACCAAAGAGCGUUGAAAAAAAGUCAACCUCUCAACCUGCAGGAUGGGCUGGUUUCUAA